UUGAGGAUUGGCGUCCGUUGUGUCCUACGUUUGGCAUGUGUGCGAUUGAAAUUGUAGGAUUACCGAAAUUAUCUAUAAACUAAAACCAACCUCAACCACGGCCAUCGGUGACCAACAAAAUGCACGGAAGAUUGAAAGUGAAGACGACUGCUGAACAAGAAGAGGAAAAACGCAAGGAACGCGAAAAGAAGUUGAAGAUUUACAAAGCUGCCAGUCGUCAAAUCAUUGAUAAAAGGCGAAGCGGGGAACUGGACGAUGAGCUACUACGCAUCACCGGCCAAGUUUUACAGAGUAACCCCGACGACAGUACCCUGUGGAACAUUCGGAGAGAAGUAUUCGAGAAAUACUUUGACAAGGGGUCCAAACAUACAGCAGAGGAUGGGGAAGAUGAACUUACGCUCACGGAAUUGGCACUGCAAAAAAAUCCCAAAUCUUACGGUGCAUGGAGCCACCGUGCAUGGGCCAUGGGUGCCUUUCCCAACAUGGACUGGGACAGAGAACUUCGCCUUUGCAACCUCUUGCUCGAGCAGGAUGAACGUAACUUUCAUGGUUGGGACUAUCGUCGGCUGGUUUGCCAGCAUGCCAAAGUGACCCUGGAGAAAGAGCUGUCCUUCACCAUGGACAAGAUUGCAGCCAACUUUUCCAACUAUUCAGCCUGGCACUAUCGGAGCAGCCUUCUGCCUAAGGUCCACCCAGGCUCCCGAGAGGGUACCGUUAAGGAAGAUGUCCUCCUGGAAGGUGCUGGCAAAUUGGCCUACUUGUUUUCCAGUUAUUGCGUCAUUUCAGUGUGCUUCGGAAAAGUGAUGUGGUGCUCAUGCAGCUUUUCUGUCUUGCCUGUCUCUUGCGCUUCAGAGUACAGCCUUGUUCAGAAUGCCACGUUCACAGACCCUGGGGACCAGAGUGGCUGGUUCUACCACAGGUGGCUCACAGGAAGAGAGAAGCCAGCACUAGAUUUUCUUCUCCUCUAUAUUUCAAAGGGAACUCGUACAGUGACACUCCAUUUGACACAGCAGAUAAGGAUACAGGAGGUGGAGCUGACUGUCAGGAUGAAUGGAGUUCUCCUUUCGUUUGUAUGGCAUGCUCCCAACACACUGUUGUGUUCCCCUCUCUGGUACGCCGACAUUCCUGGUGAUGCAUUGGUUGGGGACUGUGAUAGUGAAUGGAAGGCCACGGUGAGAUCUCGGGACGGUACAGAAGCACAUGCGGACCUGUCUGUCAAGGCCUCUGAACAAGAAGCUAGGUUCACUGGAAAUAUUCCACGAAAUCAUCUCUUCAGUUGCGAACUGAGUGCUGCCCGAACCUCUGUCUUGGAGAAGGAACUCGAGGUGUGCCAGGCGCUACACGAACUGGAGCCCCAAAACAAGUGGCCGCUGCUCACAUGUGUGCUGCUUAUGAGGGCUCUGGACGGAUCCAGGUUCCAAGAGGAGAUUGAGAAAUUUCUCCUGGAGCUGACGACCGUCGACCCAAUGAGAUCUGCUUACUACCAUGAUCUUAGGUCCAAGUUUGCGAUGGAGAUUGCAUUGGAGGGACUGGACGCGAACUUAGUGUGUGUGAGCUUAGCGGGGAAAAAGCUGACAUGUGUGCAUCACGCGGACCACCUGGCCCUGGUGCGUGAUGUGGACCUCUCCAGGAACCGGAUCAGGAGUCUACGUCCUUUAUGCUUCCUGCGCAGCGUUGUCAGGUUGAAUUUGUGUGGCAACAGGGUACUGACGUGCUUGGGCCUUGAGGAGCUGCCUCAUCUGGAGUGGCUUUCACUAGAGGACAAUGAAAUUUCAUCUUUAGAUGGCCUUGUUCCACUCAAGACAUGUAGGAAGCUGACUACACUACUUCUCAAAGGAAACCCUGUUUGCAAAUAUGAAAAAUACCUGUCAAGCUUUUUACCUCAAGUGAAAAUAUUUGACAACUCUUCAGCCUGAGAGCAGCUUCUACGUUUUCGCAGUUGCUGUUUUGAGCAAUGGUGCUUUGUUAAGAUAUAACUUACUUUUUUACUUUUUGUAUACUUUAAAAUAAUAAUAAAUUUUAGAUAUCAGGUGA